AUUCUAAAAAUAUAUAUUUCUUUAAUAAUUACUUUUAUCUCUUUAAUCAUACUUUUUACUAAUCACCCAUUAGGAAUAGGAUUAUUAAUUUUACUACAAACAAUCUUAAUUUGUAGUAUCUCAGGGAUAAUAAUUAGAACUUAUUGAUUUUCUUAUAUUCUAUUUUUAACAUUUCUUGGAGGUCUCUUAGUCUUAUUUAUUUAUGUAUCCAGAAUUGCUUCUAAUGAAAUUUUUAAAAUUUCAUUCAAUUUAAAAUUAACUUCUUUCUUUUUCUUUAUUAUUAUUUUUAUUAUUUUUAAUAUUUACAAAUCUAAUAUAACAUGAAUAAAUUUUUCUCACAAUUUAGAAAUAACUAAUCUAUUUAAUAAUUUAUUAUUUUUUAAUAAUGAAAAUAAAAUUAAUUUAUCUAAAUUAUAUAAUAAUCAAACAUUUUUAAUUAUAAUAUUAAUAGUAAUCUAUUUAUUUAUUACUUUAAUUGCUGUAGUAAAAAUUACAAAUAUUUUUUAUGGGCCUUUACGAUCAUCUCUUUAA